AAAAAAACCCCAGCCAUACCUGCCGAGAUAUUUCGAGUGCUUAAUAUACCCCAAAAUGAGGAUGCAAUGCCCACACAAACCUCCACCAAUAGAUAUGUCCCAUACAGAAGUGCUCAAUAUAAAGGAAAAACAUACAUAUAUGUUGAAGGAGACGAACCGGACGAUUAUAUUGGUAAUAUAUCUUCUUCUGACCUAACUUCAUCUUCUGAAAGUGAAUAUGAAGAGAUGGAUAUAAAUGAUAUAUAUCCCUAUAAAUCUGCAAAACAUAAAACGUUAAUUGAAGUUGUUUUGAAACCUAGUAAAUCAACACAUGAUGCAGAAAAUAUACAUAUUGAUAAUAAUAUGGAGGAUAGUAGUGAUAAACCUAGUGGUAUAUAUAGUGAUAUACCAAGUGAUAUACCCAUCAAUAAAUUUACUGAUGAAGAAUGGAAUCAAUUAAAAAAGGAUUUUAUUUUGAACAUGUUACAAAAUGAUAAUAUGGAUUUACCUAAUGAAAACAAAAGUGGAAAUACUUUUAUGGACUCACAACCUAAUAUUUUACAAAAUAAUAUGGAAGAAAAACCUUUUAUUACAUCUAUUCAGGAUAGAUAUCUUGAUAAUCAUGAAAAAAUCAAUUACGAUAUAGAUUGGAAUGUUCCAAAACAUACACAGAUAUAUUCUAAUGUUACACAUACUCAUAAGGACAAUAGUUUAUAUAGUGGUAUUGAUUUAAUCAAUGAUUCGUUAAAUAGUAAUGAACAUAUUGAUAUUUAUGAUGAAUUAUUGAAACGAAAAGAAAAUGAAUUAUUUGGAACAAAACAUACGAAAAAUACAUCAACAAAUACAGUUGCAAAACAAAUAUAUGAUGAUCCUAUAAGUAAUCAAAUAGAUUUGUUCCAUAAAUGGCUAGAUAGACAUAGAGAUAUGUGUAACAAAUGGAAUAAUAAGGAGGAAGUGUUAAGGAAAUUGAAUGAAGAAUGGAAUAAAGAAAAUAAAGAUCAUGUAUUAGGUAUAACACCCUGAACUCACGAUGAUAUUAAUAGAAUUAAUGAUGAAAAUUAUAAUAUCAUUAGUAAAAACAAUUUAUAUGAUGAUUCAAACAUAAAAACCCCACUUCAUAAUCAUGGAUCAACAAAUAUUCCUCCUAAUGAUCUUAUAACGCAAAAUAAUGGUUCUCAAACAAAGAAUUUAAGCACAAAUAUAUCUAUGGAUAUGCAUUUUGAUGAAAAUAAUAAUAAUGUGUUAACUACUAAUGUAAAAAGGAACGAAAAUCAUUUGGAAAAUUCGUACAAUUUUUGA